AUGCUCAAACCGUUCACCCGAUCAUGGGACGCGGCCGCCUACCGCUCGCGCGCCCACACUGUGGCGUCCCUCAGGCGCGACGCCGUGCUCAUCAGGGAGUGGAUGGCGAGCUUGCAGCAGGUGGUGGCCGCGCAGCCGGCCGGCUGCCUGCAGCUCGAGACAGAGGCACUCAAGGCCACCCACCUGGUCACCCUCAAGUCGGCCCUGGCCACGGUGUGCGUGAUGCUCGUCAGUGCGGCGCGCCGGGAGGGAACCCGCGUGCUGCAGGAGAUACAGGCGCGCGUAAGCGUCCUCAAGCAGCGGCCGUCGGUACUGCCGGACUUCAUCACCUACACGCUUGCCGCCGCGGCCGCGCGUACCGAGCGCGACAGCCAGCUGACCCAGGUGGCGGCGGUGGGGUCACUGUACGAGAGCGUGGAGGCGUGGGGCAGCCGGCUGCCGCACAACGACCAGGUCCUAUUGGACGACGUCCGGGAGGCGGGCCGCGCCCUGGCGCGCGCGGUGGGGGAGGCGGCGGGUUUCGUGGAGAGCAAGCGGCCGGGCAUGGCGGCGACGCUGGAGCGGCAGGGGCGGGAGCUGGGGAAGCGGGCGCAGGAGCUUUUGUCUGACGUGGAGCGCGGCACGCUGCGGCAGCGCGUGUCACCAACCGCCGUUGUGCUGGAGGAAGGGGAGCUGAGCAGGUGGCGGGACUCACUAGCAGGGCUGUCGGGCGGCCUGGCCAGGGUGAACGAGCAGGAGGUGCAGCUGGGCAUCAAGGCCACCCAGCUGCACGACCUCGACGAGAUCACGCGACAGAUCGCGGAGGCCGAGGAUCUGGUCGCACAGGCCGAGGCGGCGAGCGGCACGGCAGCGGGGUCCGAUGCUGCUGUCGACGGCUGA